AGGUGGGUGUGUGGAGACCGUCACGUGACGCUGCGUCUGGCUGCUGGCACUGUGGUAUAAAUCCUCCUCUUAUAUUUAGUCAGUCCUUUCCUCCAAGCGAAGCCGCCGUGUCCUCAAGUCCAGGCUACAAAGUAGCUUCGACUUCUUUAGUCAUGGCAGACCAGGCUUUUGUGACGUUGGCUACCAAUGACAACUAUGCUCGGGGAGCCAUGGUGUUGGGCAAGUGCCUUCGCAACCACAAUACAUCCAAGAAGCUGGUGGCACUCAUUGGCCCACAAGUGUCCGAGCCUUGCAAGUCCGUGCUAAAGAGAAUCUUCGACGAGGUGAGGGUGGUGGACGUGCUGGACAGCGGCGACACGGCACACCUGGUCAUGAUGAAGAGGCCUGACUUGGGCGUCACCUUCACCAAACUCCACUGCUGGACUCUCACACAUUACUCCAAAUGUGUUUUCAUGGAUGCGGACACACUGGUGCUUUCAAAUAUAGAUGAGCUGUUUGACAGAGAAGAGUUGUCAGCUGCUCCCGACCCUGGCUGGCCCGACUGCUUCAACUCUGGUGUGUUUGUUUUUCGUCCUUCUAUGGAGACUUAUGGCAAACUGCUUCAGUAUUGUACAGAACACGGCAGCUUUGAUGAUUUUUGUCCCCCGCUAUCUGUUGCAGGUGGAGACCAAGGUGUCUUGAAUGGCUUCUUCAGCACUUGGGCAACAGCUGACAUAUCAAAACACCUCCCCUUCAUCUACAACCUCAGCAGCAUAGCCAUCUACACUUACCUUCCAGCAUUCAAGCAAUACGGUGGCAAUGCUAAGGUGGUCCAUUUCCUUGGGAAGACCAAGCCAUGGAGUUACACAUUCGACCCCAUUGCUAAACAGAUCGUUGGGAGUGUGCAGGAGGCCACCACACACCCCACCUUCCUCCUGGACUGGUGGAUCCUGUACUCCAGCGCUGUGGUGCCCAUGCUGCAGGAGCAAUAUGGAGACCAGCCUUUCCACUCUGGAUGUGUGGAGGAUAAUAUACCUCUUUCUGUCUUCCUAUUCAACUCAAAGUCCCAGUACAGUGACACGGUCACUUUUGAAAGUGAACAGGGUGCGAUCCUCUCUUCACACGCACAAGCACUUGAACCCGAGAUGUCCUCAGAAGAACGGAAGCAGAAAUGGGAGCAAGGUCAGGCGGACUACAUGGGAAUGGACUCAUUUGACAAUAUCAAGAGAAAGCUUGAUAGUUUUCUCAAAUAAAGAAGUAAUGAAGCAGGAUAUCAAAAGAGCACUUGCAGUUUAUCAAAUAUCACCAUGUCUCUCGAGAAAAUACUGUAAAACAGGUUGCAUUUUUCCUUCCUACCUGUUACUCAACUAGAGUUGAGUCCCUCCCUCCUCCAGCACUACCCCAUCAGUACUCCAAAGACAACGCCGUUUAAAUGGGAAAUAAAAAGUAAAAUACUAUGAACGGCUUUGACUGUCUAUGCAAGACUGUCAUUUGGCAUUCAGUUUACUCUGCCACAGGUAUCUGUUCUGCUACACUGAAGAAAAUCAGGAAAUAUUGUAUAACAUUAGUUCCCUUUUUUUUUUUUUUGGAAGUGCAUUAAAACUUUUUGCAAUAUGAUUUUAUUUUAUUUUUUUCAUGUCUGUGCUCUUUUUGUAAAAAAAAAAAAAAAAAGGAUGGCAAGCCUCUUGUACCGGAGUGUCUAAAAUUGGCAGUCACUUACGCAAACAUUCUUCAUUUUUCCUUUCCUUACUUAUUUUUCUACUGUGCAUCUAGCAGUCUAAGCAUUAAUAUUUUAUUUUCUCAGGUUGUUCUCUCUUGCUUUUGAAUUGAAACAGCCUCUGUUUAACAUUGGUAUACAACAUGUUUACAGCACUUCUAAAGGCCAUAGUGUGGCCGUUUAGCCAUACAUAUACACUAGACUCUUAGUGCCUUAAUGUCUUGCUCCCUCUAUUGCAAUAAUCCCAUCUGUUCUUGACUAUCAGCUCUGUAGGUGAUUAGGUUUUUAACUUUCUUGUGUUUUACUUGACCAGGAUGUUGGCUGUACCACAAAAUCUGGAACUAUUAAAAACAUUAAAAGUUUUGGAUUUGC